AUAUGGAACAACGUCAUGUCUUCUAAAGGGAGGGGAUGUUGGGCGAUUUCAUUUUAAGGGGAGUUUGGUUGUUAUUGUUAAUAAUUUAUAUGGUUUUCGUUGAUAAUUUUUGCUGUGGAGUUAUUCAAAUUUUUAUAUUUAAAAGGUUUUUAACAUUUUCUGACCUGUUGAUAUUUUUUUAUUGUGUUUAAAGUUUAAGUAGGUAGUUUUUUAUUAACUAUUUAAUUCCUCUCUUCCCCUACUUACUGGACGAGUUCAUUUUGUAGUUCGGUCCUUGCUCAAACGGCAGCAUCGUUCACUUCCGUUAAUAUUGUAGUGUCGGUUGGAGCGAGUCGGUGGUUGUGGCGUGUGGGACUUGACUAAUACUUCUUAGAUUGCUAAUACCUAACCAUGUGCGACGAGGAAGUUGCUGCGCUCGUGGUCGACAACGGGUCCGGGAUGUGCAAGGCCGGGUUCGCCGGGGACGACGCCCCGCGCGCCGUCUUCCCCUCCAUCGUGGGUCGCCCGCGGCACCAGGGCGUGAUGGUGGGCAUGGGCCAGAAGGACAGCUACGUGGGCGACGAGGCCCAGUCCAAGAGGGGCAUCCUCACCCUCAAGUACCCCAUCGAGCACGGCAUCGUGACCAACUGGGACGACAUGGAGAAGAUCUGGCACCACACGUUCUACAACGAGCUGCGCGUGGCGCCCGAGGAGCACCCCGUGCUGCUCACGGAGGCCCCGCUCAACCCCAAGGCCAACCGCGAGAAGAUGACGCAGAUAAUGUUUGAGACGUUCAACACCCCGGCCAUGUACGUGGCCAUCCAGGCAGUGCUGUCGCUGUACGCCUCUGGUAGGACCACCGGUAUCGUCCUGGACUCUGGAGACGGCGUCUCUCACACGGUGCCCAUCUACGAAGGCUAUGCUCUGCCCCAUGCCAUCCUGCGAUUGGACCUGGCUGGACGAGACCUCACGGACUACCUGAUGAAGAUCCUGACCGAGCGUGGCUACAGCUUCACGACCACGGCAGAGCGGGAAAUCGUGCGCGACAUCAAGGAGAAGUUGUGCUACGUGGCGUUGGACUUUGAGCAGGAGAUGGCCACCGCUGCAUCUUCCUCGUCCCUGGAGAAGUCCUACGAGUUGCCCGACGGCCAGGUGAUCACGAUCGGCAACGAGAGGUUCCGCUGCCCGGAAGCUUUGUUCCAACCUUCGUUCCUGGGCAUGGAGGCCUGUGGCAUCCACGAAACGACCUACAACUCCAUCAUGAAGUGUGACGUGGACAUCAGGAAGGACCUGUAUGCCAACACGGUGCUCUCUGGUGGUACCACCAUGUACCCUGGCAUCGCUGACCGCAUGCAGAAGGAGAUCACGGCCCUGGCACCUUCCACCAUGAAGAUCAAGAUCAUUGCACCUCCGGAGAGGAAGUACAGCGUCUGGAUCGGUGGCUCCAUCCUGGCCUCGCUGUCCACCUUUCAGCAGAUGUGGAUCUCCAAGCAGGAGUACGAUGAGUCCGGCCCCUCCAUCGUGCACAGGAAGUGCUUCUAGAUGGGCACAUGCUCCGUUUCAUUAUAGCUGCCUCAAGCAAUCGCCAUUCCUUUUUUCUGUUUAUACACGACUGAGCAUUCCACAUGCAUUGCAAAGCAUUCCGCAGGAGAAAGUUUUCAAGUGUUGCAACAUUUUUGAAAUUUGUAAUAUAGAAUGUAUGAAAGGUUUUGUAAUGUGAUGAUUUUUUUUUUAUUUUAGCAAGGAGUCUGGUGUUGUAAGCCAAUGCUUGUGAUAAGUCACUUGGCAUAGGUACUACGUAUUUAUUCCCUUGUGCAGAUCUGAGACUGUGAAGUCAUUUCUAAAUAAAUAAAAUAAGAACCUUA